AUGGCUGACAAAAAGGUAGGUUUGCAGGCGCGGGUCGACGAAAAAACAACUCAUUUUCUCUUUGUCACCCGUUCAAUAUCUCAUUUUCAUUCAGGAUUACGCAGCGAUCGCCGAACUUGAAAAGCUUCUCGCAGAGAAUGCUCUCCAUUUCGAAGCGUGGAAGACGAGCCACAUGUAAGUCUUCAUUCAGUGCAUUACUCAUUUUCAAUCGAUUCGUUUUCAGUAAUCACAGAGGAACGGCCGAGUACAACACCGGAGUCUCUCGGUUCAUCGAUUAUGACAGAGAUCUCCGCACACGGAUAGCCACUCUUCAAGGAAUCAACGUCGAGUCGGGACCGAAGAAUAUCGAUGCGGUUCUAGGUAAGAGCACUUGUUUCGAAAUCGAUCAAACGAAAACUUGUAGAUGAACUCUUGGACAAAGUCGAUUUGAUGGGCUUCGUUCGUGCGAUUCAGAUAGUCAACUCGUCAGAUCCUACAUUCUACUCGAAGCUUCAACAAGCUUCCGAAAACCGGACGAGUAAGUCGAAUAACUGAUGAACAUCAAUUCAACUAUUAUUUCCAGGAACUCAAGUCAGACCAGAAGUCUUCCGGAACAUGGCUAUGCCUCAGUUCUACCCUGGAUUUGGUAAGUUUAAUUCUCCAAUUUGUGUAUUGAUUUUCUAUUGACCGUUUUCCAGCAUCCACUCCAUACACCUUCACAGCUCCUCAAGUCACGGUCGGUCCCAUUCCAGCCUACAGGCCGCCACCGCCCGUCAUCAAGAUUCAGCGACCAGUGUCUCCUGUCCGCGAUUACCAGAAAAAAACCGGCGCUCCGUUCCGCGAUUUCAGCGUUUAA